GGCCACGCCUCCUGACGCUUCAUUUUAAAGAGUGAGGGUCCGCGGGCGUUUCUGUUGUGCCUUCUUGAUGGUUCUUAGGAGGCUCUAGGAGACUUGGAACGGCCAUCAGGGGCCCCUGAGUCGGCGUCUGAGUCAGCUGGUAGCAGAUAAAAAGAUUAAAGACAGAGGAAGGCGUGCAGUAUUGAAGGCUACCAUAGCCCACUGGAAGCAGAGAAUCCCUGGGACGAACAAGAUAGAUGCACACAGUGGAAGAAUAGACCCGCAGAAUCACACGCGGAAGCAGUUUAAAUGACAACCCACUAUAAAGCUGAAGAUUGCUGAGGCUGUUCUGUCCAUGAGACGUGUGAAAGUGCCAGGAAAACAGAACAAAGAGGAGGUCACGGAGAGAAUCCUGAAGGACGAGAAGCCCCAGCAGGCGAUGCGACAAUUCUGUAGCAACCACGGGCCAGGACAGGAAGAAGUGCACAAACAAUGACAGACAUCACGUUCAGCAUCUAGGAAAACAAGUGUGUGGAUUAACAGCAACCUGAAGACAUUAUGGAGGAACUUGGCAGAGGAGAAUCCCAGCUGAUCCGUACUUGGAUGGGUAACAGCCGUCAGAGCUCAACAACAGAACCUCUGCAAGCGGUGACCCUGCGGGCUUCCCCAAUCUAGUCCUAACGGCUCAUGCUGCGUCCCUUCAUGCACCCCUUCCUGGAGAGCUAGUGGCAAAUCCAUCUCAAGGGAAAGGUGCAUAACCUCCAGCUGUUGAUUUCGUCUUUAGUCACAGUGUCCCACCGUCUUCCUGUCGAUGGCUGUUCAGCAGCUAGCUGAAAUUUUGGUGUUCUCACAGAAGACGAGCGCAGGCCCUUUUACUCCACCGUCCUGAUUCGAGGGCUCCUAUAACAAAUUACCACAUGGUGGCUUACAAUAACAGACAUUCUCUCACAAUCGGGUAGAAGUCUGAAAUGAAGGUUUCUACAAGACCACACUCCUUCAGAACCUCUAGGGAAGAAUCCUGUCCUGCCUCUUCCAGCUUCUGGUGACUGCUCGUGUUCCUUGGCUUCGUCAGUGAUAUGAUCUCCAGAAGAGAUGAAGGCAGAGGCAGUGCUGUGUUCCUUCCUCACUCUUGUACCAGCUCUGUGUGGGUCUCAAGCUUCCUUCAGCCAUGUUAGUAUGAAUGAGCAAAUCGUCACUGGAAGACUACGUGAAGACGUAAUUCUCCCUUGCUCAUUUGAGAGUGGGCCUGAUGUUGUAAUUCACUGGAAGAAUCAAGAUACCAACAUUUACUCAUACUGCAAAGACUGCGACCAGUUGGAAACGCAAGAUCCCAGAUAUGUAAACAGGCUAUCCCUCUUCCCUGGUGAGAUUUACAAUGGGAAUGCCUCCCUGUGUUUCAGAAGAUUAACCAUUUAUGAUGAAGGAAUUUACAUAUGCCAUGUGGGAACAUCCCUUGGAACAAUCACAAAGAAAGUAGUACUACAAGUGGUAGGUAAGUGUACAGAUUUUGUCACUCCUGUGAUGGAGUAUGAAAAGAAAACCACCAACAGCUUCUUAAUAUGCACUGUGUUCAGUGUUUUUCCUUAUCCAAAUAUCGAAUGGAAAGUAGAUAAUAAUACAACUGUCUCUGACAAAAGAGAAAGGAAAGAAGAUGAUCCUUUCGGUCCUUUUCAUGUAAACAGCAGAGUAAAUAUUACAGGAUCAAAUUCAUCUUAUCAGUGUGCAAUUGAAAAUCCACUGCUGAAGCAAACAUGGACAGGGAGAUGGACAGUGAGAGAUGUUCUUCAUAAAAUGGAAAGUGAAAACGUUUUACUCUCAUGUAAACCUGAAAACAAUUUUUCCCCACCAAAUCAAGACUUCACAGUCACUUGGUCCAGAGUGAAAAAUGGGAGUUCCUUGCUCCUGGCUUGCUUUAAGAACUCCUCACAAGGAACACUUAUCAGUCAACCUCAGAUUUCAUGGAAAGAAGAGCUGAUAAACUCACGUGACUUCUCUUUAACUCUGAAGGAUCUUCGUCUUUCAGACAGCGGGGAGUAUUUGUGCAAUAUUACAUCAAACGAAAGUACCUUACUCACCAUGCAAACACUGCAUGUAGCAAGCCAAAGAGGAACUGCUGGGAUGAUUGUCCCAGUUUUGGUGGCCGUGGUAUUGGCAGUUUUGUUACUGUCGGUGGGCACUCGAGCUGUUAGAUCAAGAAGAUGCAUCGGUUCCCACAGAGAAAGGCAUCCACCUGCUAAUCUGAACUCUAGCAGUGCCGGUACUUCAGAAGAAAACGUGCCUCUUUCAGAACAUCCACCCAAUACAUGAAGUGAAGACAGAAGUUCACAACACAACACAGCCCCCCGUGAUGUCCUAUGAGCCCACCUCCCCUUUCUUCACUGUGAUUCCAGCAGUGGUUUGUCGCGACCUGACAAUUCUACCAUUGCAAAAGCCGGUGAUACUGGAGAGAGAAGAGUCACAUUCUCGCUUCAGAGACUAAGAGUCGUUCUUGGGGCCCCCCACCUGCAUCAAGAUUAUAAAUGCCUGGAUACCAGGGAUUCCAAUUCA